AUGAGUAAUUGGCUGGGCUUCUCUCUCACUCCCCACCUGGGAAUCCAUGAAGGUUUUGAUGGGAGAGAUGAAGAUCAGCAGAACCAAGACCAAGGAGUUGUUGGUUUCCCUCCUCACAUGUCUGGCAUGCCUUUGCGCUCUGAUGGCUCUCUUUGCUUUGCUGCUGACCCUUUUAGGCGUCCUAAUGGUUCUGAAGAUUGGAGGUCUUAUGAGAAUAGUAUGAUGGGUGCAACAACUGUUAGAAACCCAGCUGAGGAUGAUGAAGAUGGUCCGAAGCUCGAGGAUUUCUUGGGAAGUUGCUACUCCAACUCACCUCCCGGUGAUGAAACCAAACUUUACUGCCAAAGCCAAGAGGACACUAAAAUUAAUGUCAACGAGGCCCCAGAUUUCAGUAACCCCGGUAGUGAAAUAGAAGGCAAUUCCACAGACCCAUCUCAUGACCAUCAGAGCUUGAUUCAGCCUUACAGCCAUUACUAUGCAAACCCACAAAGUGGUGGUGCUCUUGUGCCAUGUAUCGGUGGCAUGUACAAGUCUUGGUUAGGCCAAACUAUAGUGGUUCCAUAUGCUGAAGUGAAAUCACCAUCUGAUCAGGAAAAUGGUAGCAAUAAUUUUCAGUCUAAUCUCUCACUAACUAUGAGUCCAAGCUUGCAAAAUGGUGGUGUGCUUCCAGUUUCUCAAGUGCAAAUGGUGGAGAGCAAGAAAAGAGCAGGUGGGAAAUCCUCCGGAAGAGAACCAGCCACUCGCAAAUCUAUUGAUACUUUUGGGCAGAGAACUUCUCAGUAUCGUGGUGUAACUAGGCAUAGAUGGACAGGGAGAUAUGAGGCUCAUUUGUGGGAUAAUAGUUGCAGAAAAGAAGGACAAACAAGGAAAGGAAGGCAAGUUUAUCUUGGUGGAUAUGAUAAGGAAGAAAGAGCAGCAAAGGCUUAUGAUUUAGCUGCACUCAAGUAUUGGGGUCCAACUACUCAUAUUAACUUCCCUAUUAGCACCUAUGAGAAAGAGCUUGAAGAAAUGAAGACCAUGACAAGGCAAGAAUUUGUAGCCAACUUGAGAAGGAAAAGCAGUGGAUUUUCAAGAGGAGCUUCUGUGUACAGAGGAGUGACAAGACACCAUCAACAUGGAAGGUGGCAAGCUAGGAUUGGAAGGGUUGCUGGAAAUAAGGAUUUAUACCUUGGAACAUUUAGCACACAAGAAGAAGCAGCUGAAGCUUAUGACAUAGCAGCUAUCAAGUUUAGGGGCACAAGUGCUGUGACCAACUUUGACAUGAGUAGGUAUGACGUCAAGAGGAUUUGCUCAAGCUCCACACUUAUUACUAGUGAACUGGCAAAACGCUCCUCUCCAAAAGACUCGGCACCAGCAGCACCAAAUGAUCAAGAGUUCAAUUCUUGCGCCUCAUCUACAUCUUCACAACCCCUUUUGGCCAUAGCAAACAGUGAAGAACCUUGUGAUCACAAUUUGGCUGAAAUGAUGUGGAAUGACAAUCCAAACUCAGCCGCCAAUGCUGUAACAUUGGCUGCAGCUUCCAGCAGCAGGAAUUCUUCUUGCCCGCAAAGCCCUAAAUGCUGUGAAUUCCCCAACAGUGAGUUUGGUCUCAGUGUAGGUGACUAUUCUCAUGCUUAUUUCAGCUCUCUGCAGGGUUCCAAGUAUGAAGAUGGCAAUGGUGGGAGCGACCAUAGCCGGCUUGGGAAUCUCGGAUUGGUUCAACAGGUGUCUAUGUUUGCAUUGUGGAAUGAUUGA